AUGCUAUCGGUAUUCAUUUUUAUUAGUGUUACGGCAAUAAUUGCUGCUCAUAUUUCAGUACGAGAUGACGAAAUGAUCAUAUCAAUACUGGGAAAUACGAAAGAAGCCGAAGAUUUUAAAAGCACAGUGCCAGCAUUAGGAGAUGCUGAUGGAACUAUCUCUGUACUAGGAGAAGAUUUCGAAGUCGGAAAGGCAAACUUCGAUGGAGUAAGUAAAAAAGCGCAAAACGAUGAUGAAAAAAAAACUGAAAUAGACGAAGGUGAUGAAGAAAUGAAUGAAAAGAUGACGGACGAAGAUACCAAUUUAUCUCUAGUGGACAAAGAAAAGGAAAAGGAAGAAAAAAAGCCCAAAGUGGAUGAAAAAGAAAAGCCUAAAAAGCCACCAUUGAAGAAAGAAUCCAAGAAAAAUCGCAAAAAAGAAAAAAUGCCCGAAGACGAGAAUCCAGAAAUUUGCAGAUAUUUACAGGCAAAAUGUUCACUUCCUAGUGUUAAGAAAAUAUGCAAAAAGACGUGUGCUUGUCCCGAACUUACUAAUCUCCUAAAUCUGUUGGCUGGUCAAGGAUCUGCGCAAAUUCACGGAGGUGAACAACCAAUAUGCACAGAUAGACGAAUCAACUGUAAAGAUAUGGUACUUUUAAAAGGAUGUGGUGAACCAUAUGCACCCUAUAUGAAAGAAUAUUGCCCAUUAAGUUGUGGAAUGUGCAACCGAUAA